UUGUUCAUAGCAAACGCCACUGAGCCAGUCAAAGUGUCAAUGUCGUGAACUAGGUUAGUCUGUUGCUAGUUUAUUUAGCAGGACGUAUUCGAAUUUAAGCGACUAACUUAUUACAUAGUGAUUAGCAAUGACGAUUCGUUUGUUUUUUGUGCAAUUGUGAUUAUGUGUGAAAAUCCUGAGACAAUGGGUGUACAAACAAAUGCACUGGAAAAGGAGAAUCCUUUCGAUUCAGAUACCACAUCUGCUACCGAUGCCCCAAAAUUAAAACGAACCUUUACAUUACCGCGAAAUCUGUUCGGUACAACCAGAAAUUCUAAAAGAAAAUUUCAAAGUAAAGGCAAUGAAGAAGCUAAGAUUACCAAUAAUGAAGAUAAAAAUAAGAAAGUAUUCAGGCGUCCUUCCAUUAGAAAGUUCAUUAAUAAAAUAGCUCAGCAUAUAAAUGGUGUCAGUAUGAUUACUACUGACAAUAAUCGCGUCCCCCCUGUUGGAUUGCAAACUUGGGGACCCGAAGACACCCCUGGUGUAACAGGCUUAGUGAAUCAUGGCAAUACUUGCUUUAUAAAUGCAGUCCUACAAUGCAUUGCUCACACUGACAUAUUAGCUGAAUACUUCGUACUAGACAAAUAUAAAAUAGAUUUAUCCAGGAGAAACAAAUUGAAUUCCAAAAAAUUUGGAAGUAAAGGAGAAUUAACUGAACAAUUAGCUCUUUUGCUUAAAGCUUUAUGGGCAUGUAAAUAUCAUCCCGAUCUCACUAUUGCUUUCAAACAAGUUGUAGAAAAACAUGGUUCACAAUAUAAGGGCAGACAACAACAUGAUGCCUUAGAAUUCCUACAAUGGUUGUUGGAUAAAGUUCAUGAAGAUCUGAACACAGCUUCAAAGAGAAAGUUUAAAUCAGUUAAGACGUCCGGAAAACCUGAUGAAGUGAUAGCGGCAGAGACCUUGGAAAAUUAUAAGAGAUGCAAUAAUUCCUUCAUCCAGGGUGUAUUUCAAGCCCAAUAUAGAUCAUCCCUAAGUUGCUCAAGAUGUAAAAGUCAAUCGAAUACUUUCGAUCCCUUUCAAUGUCUUUCUGUGCAGUUACCCCAAGUGAAUAAGCAAUCAAUAUAUGUCACGGUUGUCUACACCAAUCAACAACCUAGACAAGUGAAGAUCGGUCUAAGCCUUCAGUCCGGAUGUACCAUAUACGAACUGAGAGACAUGCUUCAGUCUGACACGUCCAUAGAAAUGUCCAGGAUGCUGAUUACAGAGAUCGAGGACAGCCGUUUUCACCGUACCUUCUCCGAUUCUCAGUGUAUAAGUUUGAUCACUGAAAUAGAUCCAAUCUACUGCAUAGAAACGCCAGAACUCAAAGAUAUUUCAGAUGAUACCACAAGUGCCUACAUUCUACUCUGUUGGAUGAAUUGUGUCAUGGUCGACGAUGAAUGGAAGAGGUUUGGAAGUCCAUACUGCAUGCAAGUAUCUAGAGAAUUAUCUUAUGAAGAUCUGCAAAAGCUCAUCCUCAAAGAAAUGGCCUGUAUACUACAUGACGACGUAUUAACAUCUAAUCAAUCUAAAACGAUUUUCAAAAUGAGAAUAUCGGAUCCCGCCUGUGAUGAAAACGAACCUUAUACUUACAUAGACCCUGAGUUGGAGCAUCCACUAUUCAUGGAAGCUUUGGAUCAAGCGUUGGCACUAUGCAGCGAUGAUGGGGGUCCUCCACAUGUCAAAGUCAUAUUGGAGUGGGAUGACCAAGCAAAGAAAGAUCUCAUAGCAGAUGACACAGAUCAGAUUGAGGAGCACUCUAGUGUGAAGCAUCUCAAAACUUACGAUAUGCAAGGGGCUCCUUUAACACUGGAGGAAUGUUUGCGAGAUUACACAGGAGCUGAAACAUUGACAGAUGCUUGGAGGUGUACACAUUGUCAACAGUAUCAGCCUGUCAUAAAGACAUUGGGAGUAUGGUCACUUCCGGAUAUUCUGAUAGUUCAUUUCAAAAGAUUCAGGCAGCAAAGUUUAAGAGGAACUAACAGCACAAAAUUAACUACUAUGGUGGAGUUUCCAGUUUGCGGAUUAGAUAUGUCACCUCAUCUUGCCAACAAGUGUAGCUCAGAAACCAUAGACGGAGAUCAAGUCUUAUUGGGAAAUAACUGGUCACCUUGGAAGAAGUCCCAGAAGCACUCCACUGCGUCUGACAGCAUAUAUGACCUUUACGCAGUCUGUUACCAUCAUGGUACCAGUUUGGGUACUGGACACUACACAGCUGCUUGCAAAAAUCCAUAUAAUGGCCAAUGGUACCUAUACGACGAUGCCAAAGUCACAAACCUCAGCAGAGAAUCAGAUGAUAUGAGCAGCCUUCUUGUUAAUAAUAGUGCCUAUAUACUUUUUUAUCAAAGACGUGGAGGAUAUUACUCAAGUAGCUCAAAUUCAAGCAGUGCCGCUAGUACCAGUUCCGUCAGUUCAAGUGUGGACCAUUGGAUAUCGAGAAUGCCAAGAUUCAUUCCGCCUAAACAUUUGAAGAUAGAAACACCUGUUACCAACAAUAAAGAGAAUGUUGAGGGUACUGAAGAGAUAACGGAAAAAGACAAUAUAGAUGUUGCGUUAAGGAACUCCCAGAAUGCUCUGAAGACUGACAGCAGCAAUAGUAUACCGAAGUUUAUAGACGAGUCCUCGAACAUGCACUUGGAACACAAUUCUCAAAACGAUGAGCUCCGUCCAGAUUCCAGAAUAGAAAGUGACACAGAAAAUAUUCCACCAGAAAGAAAUCCAUUGGAACCGAUAUAUAGAACCAGCAUCUAUAUAAAUUCAGAGGGGCAAGCUGACAUAAAGACAACUUCUAAUAUUUCUCCGGUGUUGAGUCCUCUGAGACUCAACCACGUGUCAGAAGAUGAUAUAGAAGUGACCUUGAGGAAGGUCGAUAAUAAAAUGUACUUCAGUUCUGUGUCUGUUCAGAGGCAUUCUGAUAGAGGAGUGGUUAGAAACAUCGAAACAUCAAACAGUAACCUAAAUUGUAUGUCUCCUCUACCUCGAAGGACUCAAACUCAAUCUCAGCUAUCAAUGUAGAAGAUUUCGAUAUUCAUUUUUUAAAACUAUGUACAUAAAUUAUUAGAUAAGUACAAUAGAUAGUGAUAAAUAAACUUUUCCAUUUGUAUACACUUAUAAAUUGUUCAUAUGACAUGUUCAUGCAAUGAUGAACUGUAUUACAUAUAAAUUAUGUAAUUUGUUUUGAAUAUUCUCAUUUUUGUACAAGGUCUUAUGAAAUACUAGUGAUAAACAUUUCUUAGAAAAAGUAUACCAAAAAGUUUAACAGAGUAAUAUAUUGAUUGUUGCAUUAAUUAUACCAUUAUUUAAAGUUUUAUUUUGAGACCUUAUUGUUGAAAAAACAAUGGAUUUUUUUUAAUUUUUGUUUUUUUAUUUGUUAGAAAGUUUAUCUUAAAGACUGUUCCGAAUAAACAUUUUAAAAUUUUUAAUAAAUACA